AUGUCUUCAAUGCGCUUCUUGUGCCAGCGCUGCUGUCAGCCUCUGAAACUCAGUCAGCCCACAGAGGUGCAGGACUCAGCACAGCGGGGGCCAGCAGAUGCCCUGGAGGAGGGUGGCCCAUCCAGAGGGAUGACAGAUGGAGGAGAGCCACAAGCCAGAGCCUCCAGCAGACUCCUUUCUGACAGUGGCAGGAAGUUCAAGAAAAGUGUCGACCACUUCACUCUCCUCGGUCAUGCUGUCUCCAUAAGAACUUUGAGCAGUGUCCAGAAGACCACUGCAGACUUGUUUGACAUCCUCUCAGGACAGAAAGAUGUGGACCAUCCGCUGUGUGAGGAGUGCACUGACAAUCUUUUAAAGCAGCUGGACACCGAGUUAACCUUUGUUGAACUUGACAGUCAGAACUACAGACGCUGCCUGGAGACUGACCUGCUGAUGGGUGAGGCCGAGAAGAAGGCUUUGCAGAUGGAGCUGCAGACAGAGCUGCAGGGCCUGGAGCUGGAGGAGGCUAGGCUGGCUCAGGAGCUGGAGGCCGUGGAGGAGAGCCGUGUGCAAACAGAAGCAGACCUGAGGGCAGCCCAGGCAGAGACCAAGGAGCUGCGCCAGCAGGAGAGGCAGCACCAUAAGGACUACAGUGCACUCAAGUGGCAACAGCUGGAGCUCACUGACCAGCUGAGCAGCCUGGAGAACCAGCUGAGGCAUGCCCAACACCACCUGCACAGGCUUAGGCAGACGGACAUCUUCAAUGCCACCUUUGAGAUCUGGGAGGAGGGCCCCCUGGGCAUCAUCAAUAACUUCAGGUUGGGCUGUCUCCCCGGUGUCCCCGUGGGCUGGAAAGAGAUCAACGCUGCCUGGGGACAGGUGGCUUUGCUGCUGCUUGCCCUGUCCAACACGGUUGGACUGAAGUUUCAGAGGUAUCAGCUCGUUGCCUGCGGAAACCAUUCCUACCUCAAGUCUCUGACAGGUGACUGUGCGAGGCUGCCCCUGUUCUCUGAUGGCAGCCAGAAUGUUUUCUUGAAUAACAAGUUUGACCGUGCGAUGAUGGCCUUCCUGGACUGCAUGCAGCAGUUCAAGGAGGAGGCAGAGAAGGGCAAGGAGGGUCUCUGCUUGCCCUACACGAUCCACGUGAAGGGAGGACUGAUGGAGGAUGCCCUGGGCAGUGGGGAGUGCUGCUCCAUCAGGACCCAUCUGAACACGGAGGAGCAGUGGACCAGGGCUCUCAAGUUCAUGCUGAUUAAUUUGAAGUGGAGCCUCAGUUGGGCAUCCAUAAGGUACCGCCAUGAUUAG